CGAAUGAUGUGGAACGCAACAAGAGCCAACUUCUUCAACUGGUGUUCGAGCAAGGCGGUUAGGUUAACGGUUGAGUUGUUUGCGUUAUUUUUUGUGCUAAGUGUUAGAAAUGUGCACGGUUUUAGUGAUUUUAUGUUUAAUGGAAACGUAGACCAUGGGAAACAGAAAUACAGUAAUGAGCAAUUAUUGAAUGUAUACGAUUUUAUUAUCGUCGGAGGAGGGAACGCGGGAGCCGCACUUGCUAAUCGAUUAUCGGAGAUUCCACAGUGGAAUGUACUCCUGAUCGAGGCUGGCGGAAGAGACAACAUUCUUUCCGAUGUACCGCUUUUCGCCGCAUACCUGCAAUCUACAGCUCUAAAUUGGAAUUUCGUGGCAGAGAAAGAAAACGGAAGUUGUCAAGCAAUCGAAAACCAGCGAUGUGCAAUGCCUAAAGGAAAGGGGCUUGGCGGUUCUACCAUUCUUAACUAUAUGAUAUACAACCGAGGGAACCCCGCUGAUUUCGAUGACUGGGCGGCCGCCGGUAACAUCGGAUGGUCUUAUCGUGAUGUACUACCGUACUUUAGAAAACUAGAACGCAUAUCAUUCGAUGAUAGAAACUUAACACCGCAACGCGGCAAAAAAGGUCCUUUAACCAUCGAAUAUGUUCGAUAUCGUUCGUCGCUAGUUCAUGCAUUCGUCGAAGCAAAUAAACAACUUGGUCGAAACGUUGUAGACUAUAACGGAGACACGCAGAUCGGUGUCGAUUAUCUUCAGGCAACAACAAAACACGGUAGAAGAGUUACUUCUGCUUCCGCAUAUUUGGAUCCAGUGUCCACUCGACCAAAUCUUCACAUUCUUACAAACGCUAGAGCGACUAAAGUAAUCAUCGAUCCACAGACUAAGACGGCUAGAGGUGUUGAAUAUUUAUGGCACAAACGAAACCUCACUGUAUUCGCUCGAAAGGAAGUAAUAUUGUCAGCGGGUAGUUUUCAGUCACCCCAACUGCUUAUGCUAUCGGGUAUCGGUCCAAAAGAACACUUAGAAAAGGUUGGAAUACCAGUUCUGGUAGAUUUGCCAGUUGGGGAAACUAUGAAGGAUCAUCUUUCGCUAUUGCCGUUGUCGUUCUUAACAAAUACGUCACAGCAAUCAUUUGACACUGACCGAUUGGGUGCUCAAGAAAUGAUUGAAUAUUUGACACUGGGAAAUGGAACGCUUACCGUCCCAGGUGCAGUCGAAGCGUUAGCGUUUAUAAAAUCGAACCUUUCCAACGAAAUACGAGACAUUCCGGAUAUUGAGUUGUUCUUUGUAGGAGGUUCACCAGCAUCGGAUUACGGCACAGGAGUUGUUCGAGGUAGCGCCUGGGAGAAAACCCUUUACGAUCAGGUGUACAAACCCCUUGAAGGCAAAGAUGCAUUUUCAAUCGCCAUAAUGCUAUUCAAUCCAAAAUCAAAGGGACGCAUACGCUUGAAGGAUAAUAAUCCUUUGCAUUGGCCUUUGAUCUAUUCGAAUCUACUUUCAGAGAAAGAUGACAUAAUGACGAUGAUUGAAGGCAUUAAGGAAGCUCUUAGAAUAGUCGAAACGCCGGCUAUGAAACGAAUCGGAGCUCGCAUAAUCAACACACAAUUACCCUCCUGUACUCAGUUUCCAUUCGGAACCGAUCAGUAUUGGGAAUGUUUGAUACGGUCACUAGCUACCACUCUGCAUCAUCAGGUAAGCACCUGUAAGAUGGGCCCCUCCGGCGACCAAGAAGCCGUUGUAUCACCAAAGUUACGAGUGAAAGGAAUUAAACGGCUAAGGGUCGUGGAUGCAAGUGUAAUGCCGACAAUUAUAACGGGUCACACGCAAGCCCCGGUCUAUAUGAUAGCGGAAAAAGCUUCAGACAUGAUUAAAGAUUACUGGAACUGGGGGCAACCGUUAGACAAAAAUGAGAAGUAUCAAUAAACAAGGCUGUAAUUUACGCAA